GCCAGUGGCGCGUCGCCGAGCGUAUCCAGCCUGUACGGGCCAGUGAUGGCCGCGGAAUUCGCGACGUGCGUCACAUCGGCAUCCGAGUGACGAGCUUGUUUAUCGUAAGGCGGCGAGAUCCCGGCGAGAGAGAAUCCACGCCUCGCCCAAUCCCUGCGUCGGGCUCGUUCGGGCGGUUGCGCGUCUGUCUCGACGGUGUGUGUCGUGCGAUCCCGGACCGUACCCGACGGAACCGCUACGCCGCUGCAGUUCCGCGCCGGAGCCGACGAGAGCGACCGAUUGAACGGCCGGCUAACACUCGCCCCACGGCUAGUUUCCUCUCGCGACGGAAUCUCAUGGCGAGGUGGGAGUGAUAAGGAUAAUACGUGGGACGUUUCCGAGGAGUGGACGGAACGGCGACUCUACGCCCCCGUCGGUACCCUUUUUUCUCGCACGCUCGCUGGCGACACGCGCACAUCGAGCGCCCCAGUGAAAAUGGCGGAGGAAGGUGCGGGCGGAUCGGGAAACGGGAGCAGCGGGGAGACGAGCCGUUUGCAGCUCCUGCAGGAGAUGCGGCAGCAGAACUUCGAUACCAUUCGUUUCGCGUCGUAUCGCACCGCCUGCAAGCUGAGAUUUAUCCAGAAGAAGGUGCACCUGCACAACGUCGACAUAUGGAACGUGAUCGAGGCGUUCCGGGAGAACGGUCUUAACACAUUGGAGCCAUCGAGCACGUUAGGGGUCUCCAGGCUCGAAACGCUACUGUCUUCCCUGUUUCACGCGCUAAACAAGAGGGUGCCGGUGUCCCAGCAGUCUAAAGUCGACGCAACCACGGCCUUGCUCAUGAACUGGCUGUUGGCUGCUUACACCAGCGGGGAGAACAAUAAAAUAUCCGUAUUCUCGGUGAAGGUAGCUCUGGCAACGUUAUGCGCUGGAAAGCUGAUGGACAAAUUCCGAUAUAUAUACUCGCAAAUAUCCGACAGCAACGGACACAUGAUACACUGGAGGUUCGCCGAUUAUCUGAAGGAGGUCCUAGCUCUGACAGCGGCCGUUUACGAAUCCCCGUCGUUCGGAUACUCCGAAGGUCUCGCUAAUUCCAUCUUCCCCGCGAAUUCAAAGGUCACCGUGAACGACUUUCUGGACACGCUCAUGUCGGAUCCUGGACCGCAUUGCUUGAUCUGGCUCCCGUUGUAUCACAGAAUGGCAGCUGUGGAGACAGUGGCUCAUCCUAUAAUGUGCGACGCGUGUCACAGGGAGAAUUUCACCGGGUUUCGCUACAGGUGUCAAAAGUGUCACUCCUAUCAGCUGUGUCAAGACUGCUUCUGGCGCGGUAAAGUCUCGGGUACACACAACAACGAUCACGAGACGAGGGAGUACAGUAGUUUUAAAUCACCCAGCAAGCAGAUCGGCCAUUCCCUGCGAAAGAGCUUUCGAUGCGUCCCGGAGAAGGGGAAGAACAGCUUGCCGCGGUUUCCGGAGCAACCCGAGAAGACGUUAGAUCUGUCGCACAUAGUCCCACCGUCACCUUUACCAUCUCACAACGGUUUUCCAGAUCCAGGAUUUAUGGCUCCCUUUGAUUCAGGAUCGAUGGACAGCCGUUCGACUCUGAGAAGUAUGGACAGUUCAAGACUGGACGAUGAACAUAAAUUAAUAGCACGAUAUGCACAAAGGUUGGCACAAGAAGCAAGGACCAUGCCACGUACCGCGUCCAGAAUGUCCCAGGGCGAUCAAGCAGGCAGAGCACCGUCGGACGCGAAUCUAGCAUCGCUGGACGCGUCGCGGGCGCAGCGUGAGCUUAUAUCGCAGUUAGAGGCAAAGAACAAGGAAAUAAUGCGCGAGAUAGCAAGGUUAAGAAGGCAACAGGAGAUAGAAGCGGCGGGUUUGGAGAAUCCGGCGUUAAUGUCAGAACUGCGAGCUCUGAGGCAAAGGAAGGACGAGCUGGAAACGCAUCUGGCAACGUUGCAGGAUUCCAGGAGACAGCUCAUGGUACAGCUAGAGGGUCUCAUGAAAAUGCUGAAGAAUCACCAAGCGUCGCCGCGAUCAACACCGAACAGUUCACCGCGGAGUACAAAGUCGCCGCCUUUGCCGCCUGGCGCUAUUCCUAGCAGCAGAUCGGCACCGCCGACUCCCGGCGGUCCCUUGUCUACGACACCUCAGCAGCAACAGCAGCAACAACAGCAGCAGCAUCAGAAUCAACCGCAAAUCUCGCAGAGCUAUCAAAGUCCCGUCCCAACGACAGUGGCUAACGCGCAAGGCAACGCUAUGCUCGGCACGAUACAGAAUCCUAUCCCCGAUAGCUUGUCGUGCGUUGGCGGCGAUGUAAGGUCUGCAUUCAGGACAAACAGCUUACCAGGGAGCGGCUCCAGCAGUGCCAAUAAUAGUUUGGGCCGAUCCUUAAGAAACGACUUACUGGUAGCCGCCGACAGCGUUACUAAUGCCAUGUCGACGCUCGUGAGGGAAUUAAAUUCAGACUCAGACCAGGAGGACCAUUCUCACAACUCGGGACGAAUGAACAUCAGAAAACCGCUAGACUUUGAGGCCGGCGAGGACGGUGACGAUAGCAGCGGUGGCGGGAAUUCCUGGCGGGAGGAGCUGCAACGGCGUUACCAGCAGGAGAAUGACUUCCUGGCGGAAUUGCGAGCUCGCAACGCCAACAUGCCGCAAACGCCGUCGACCACGUUGUCCAGCGAUCUGGAGCAGGAACGCGGCGAGAGGGAGGAGGCGGAGGGAGAGAAGGAGGAUGAGAAUGACUCCAAUUGGGCGGAAGCGGUGAAGAGAUGGGUCAAUCGAUAA